AUGCACUGCGAGGUGGCCGAGGCGCACUCGGACAAGAGGCCCAAGGAGGUGCCCGGCGUGCCCGGUCCCGGCCGUGGGCCCACUGCUCUCGGCGCGCAUAUGGCCUUCAGGGUCACCGUGGGCGGCGGCGGCUGCGGGGAUGCGAGCUCUCGGGACCUGCUACCCCGGACGCUCGCGCCUCUGCCGCGCGCCCACGACCUCCUCCGGCCGCGGAGCCCCCGAGACUACAGUCAGUCCAAGGCCGCCGCCGGGAAGGUGAAUGGGAGCUAUGGACACUGCACCCCAGCCUCGGAGAAGAAGAACCUGCUGGACAUGGACCUUGUUGAAUGUCCUGGCCCCACCUGCCGCCCAGGCCUGUUUCUUCCUUCGGGAACCCCACCACCGUGUGGUCAUGCCCAGGCCUUCGAGAGGCUGCUGCAUUUCCCACACUCUGACAACAGGUCACCCAGACCACAGGCCACAUAUGUGAAUGGUGGCCUCCCCACCACACAGCACAUCAAGCAGGAGGCCCCGCCCGACUACCAGGCCAUGGUGGAAGCUCACACACCCCUGUCCACGCACUGCCGGGCCCCGUCAGUCACCAGCCUGCACCCAGACCUGGACCUCUCGGGCCGAGGCCUCUCCAACCCUGUACCUUCCUGCUACCUUUUGGACAGUGAGCCCAGCUCUGGUCUGGGCCCCCCACCUGAGGCACAUCUUCCUGAGGGCAGCCUGAAGCGCUGCUGCCUCUUGGGCCUGCCUACCACCUCCUCGGCCUCCUCUUCGCCCUGUGCCUCCUCCGACAGCCUCAGCCUCACCUCCAUCAUCCGCUCCUCCCAGGCACCUCUGGCCACCUGUGUGAAUGGACUCCGGAGCCCCCCUCUGCCAGGAGACCUGGGGAGCCCACCCAGGCGGGUCAGGCCUGGCCCGGUAGUCAGUGAAAGCCAUGAGGGCGGCUUGGAACUCGAAGCUUGCCAGAAGGGGGGCUUCCUGAAGCAGGAGCCUAUGGACGAGUUCUCUGAGCUCUUCGGGCCUCACCAGCAGGGCCUGCCACCCCCUUACCCCCUGUCUCAGUUGCCUCCCCGCCCAGGGCUUGGAGGCCUGGUGGGCAGGGUCGUGGUGGGGAAGCAGGCCUGCCGCUGGGUGGACUGCUGCGCUGCCUAUGAGCAGCAGGAGGAGCUGGUGCGGCACAUUGAGAAGAGCCACAUCGACCAGCGCAAGGGCGAGGACUUCACCUGCUUCUGGGACGGCUGCGUGAGGCGCUACAAGCCCUUCAACGCCCGCUACAAGCUGCUCAUCCACAUGAGGGUUCAUUCUGGCGAGAAGCCCAACAAGUGCAUGUUUGAGGGGUGCAGCAAGGCCUUCUCAAGGCUGGAGAACCUCAAGAUCCACCUGAGGAGCCACACGGGCGAGAAGCCGUAUCUGUGCCAGCACCCAGGCUGCCAGAAAGCCUUCAGCAACUCCAGUGACCGCGCCAAGCACCAACGCACGCACCUCGACACGAAGCCGUACGCCUGCCAGAUCCCUGGCUGCUCCAAGCGCUACACAGACCCCAGCUCCCUCCGCAAGCACGUGAAGGCCCAUUCCGCCAAAGAGCAGCAGGUGCGGAAGAAGCUGCACAUGGGCCCUGACCCUGAGGCUGACGUCCUGACCGAGUGCCUGGCCCUGCAGCAACUCCACGCAUCCUCACAGCUGGCCACCAGUGAUGGGAAGGCUGGCCGCACCCUCAGCCAGGAGCUGCUCCCAGGCGUGUAUCCUGGCUCCAUUGCCCCCCAUAACGGACUGGCAUCGGGGAUCCUGCCUGCCACGCACGAUGUCCCAUCCAGGCACCACCCUCUGGAUGCUGCUAGUCACCACCACCAUCAUCUGUCCCCUCUGUCCACGGCCGAGAGCACCAGGGAAGGCUUGGGACCUGGCCUCCUCUCGCCCCUGGUCAGUCCACUGAAGGAGCUCAGGCCACCUCCGCUGCCACCGUCCUCCCAGAGCCACUCCCCAGGAGGCCAGCCCUUCUCCACACUCCCCAGCAAGCCUCCCUACCCACCUUUCCAGAGCCCGCCGACCGCACCUCUGCCCAGCCCGCAAGGUUACCAGGGCAGCUUCCACUCCAUCCAGAGUUGCUUCUCCUACGGUGACUGCUACCGGAUGCCCGAGCCAGCAGCCAGCGCGAGUGGACUGGCUGGGGAGGCCCACAACUUCAACCCUCUUCGCCCCAAUGGCUACCACAGCCUCAGUGCACCUUUACCUGCCACAGGCUACGACGCCCUGACGGAGGCCCCAUGCCCAGCGCUGCCCCCACAGCCACCUGAAGACAUGGUCUCCAACAGCCCUGAGGACUGCAGUUUCUUCCCCAAUGGGGCCUUUGACCACUGCCUGAGUCACAUCCCCUCCAUCUACACCAACACCUGA